CCGGGCACCGCCUCCAACAUUCCAGAGACCGCAUGUUCACAAUGACUUCUGCAAGUUUUAAACAGUUCACGUAAAUCUUGAAGUUGCUGAAUGCUUUCUCUCCCGUGAAGUUCCCGCAACGAUCUGGAGCAUCACUUGAAUAACUAAUCUACUUCAGAACUUCUGUGGACAGGGGAACCGCCGAGUAUCACAAUGCAUGGAUUCGUUGUGAUAAUUGCAGUUUUCACCGGUGUUGUCUCGCAAGAGGCAGAGGUGCCGAUAACAUAUACGUGCACGGAUGGUUAUGAGUAUGAUCCCAUUAGGCAAGUGUGCAAAGAUAUUGAUGAAUGUACCAUUUUGUCUGAUGCCUGCAAAGGAGGCAUGAAGUGCAUCAACCACUUUGGCGGAUACCUUUGCCUUCCUCAGAGUGCACAGAUAUUUGUCAGUAAUGGUGAUGAGCCCAGUACGCCUGCUGACCCAAACUCCCCCAGUGUCCCCAACCAGCCUACCCGUACCCAGACCCAGACUAACCGCAGAGUGGUCCAACCUGGUAGAGGCAGAACAGUGCGCUGCAGUCCUGGCUUCGCCCUUGAUGAGCAGAACCUCUGCAGAGAUAUUGAUGAAUGUACAACUGGCUCCCACACCUGCAGUGCAGAUCAGACCUGCUACAACACCAGAGGCUCCUUCAGUUGUCAGUGCCAGCCGGGAUACCAAAAGAGUGGGGACCAAUGUGUGGAUAGAGAUGAGUGUCUCAUAUCCCACUACUGCAUGCACAGAUGUGUCAACACUGUUGGCUCCUACUACUGUCAGUGUGACAUUGGCUAUAAGCUGUCCAGCAACAACCACAGCUGUGUGGAUGUUGAUGAGUGUGAGGCUGAUAAUCCCUGUGAGCACCAAUGCUACAAUCUCAUGGGCUCAUUCAUAUGCCAGUGUAAUCAGGGCUAUGAGCUGGCAACAGACUCUGUCAACUGUGCAGACAUUGACGAGUGUGCCUUCUCCAGCUACAUGUGUCAGUAUUUGUGCCUCAAUAGCCCAGGCGGAUAUUCCUGCACCUGCCCGGAUGGAUAUCAGCUGCAGGGAACAAGAAUGUGCCAAGACAUCAAUGAGUGUGAAACAGGUCAUACUUGCACAGAGGAUGAGAUGUGUUGGAAUUACUAUGGAGGCUUCCGUUGCUACCCCAGAAAUCCUUGCCAGGAGCCGUAUGUGAGGACCUCAGAAAGUCGAUGUGUAUGCCCAUCCUCAAGUGUGUGCCGCGGCAUCGCCCAAUCCAUUGUAUACAAGUACAUGAACAUCUACUCAGACCGCUCUGUACCAGCCGACAUCUUCCAGAUCCAGGCCACUAACAUCUACCCCAACACACACAACACCUUCAGGAUCAAAUCUGGAAAUGAAGGAGGGGAGUUUUUCCUCAGACGUAUCAGCAAUGUUGGUGCCAUGCUGGUCAUGACCAAGUCCUUGAGUGGACCUCUUGAACUGAUUCUGGACCUGGAAAUGAUUACUUACCAAACGGCUAUGAACCACCGUUCCAGCUCCUUACUACGGCUCACCAUUGUUGUGGGGCCUUACCCCUUCUAGUGGUGACAUAUGCUGCUUCAACUUGUAUACAUAUACAGUAUGCUACAUUAUAGCUAUCAAAUGCAGCAAUGACAAGACUGAAGAGAUGGCUUGCUUUUGUGUGAGUAAGGUGUGGAGUGAAUUUGUUGGCUCUAUACACACUCUUUUCAGCACUGACAACCAAAUGAUGAUCACAGGCCAAAGUAUAGUUGUAAUGAAGAGUGUCCCUUAUUACCUGAAAGAAAUGGGAGAAAUAAACAAAACCAUCAUUGGAUUGAAACAUGCUCCUCUAUUAUGUAGCCCCAGGCAAAGUAAGGUUGUUGAUUUAAUAAAAUGUAGCUUCCCAGAACACCUUAUCAGCUGUAGCUUUGUUAUCAUCACCUUACCUUGCAUGAAUUACAGUGUUUUAAAUGCAAUAUUGUAUAUAAUAUAAUAUAAUAUACAAUAAAUUAUUGAAGAAUUUAUUUCAGUUUUUGGAAACAAAGGGAGGAUGUUGAUACAGUUGACAUGCUAAAAUAUGUUUGUAAAAUUGCCUUUCAAUUUUAGCCAAAGCAUUCUAAACCAAUCUACCAAACUUUCAACUUGUACACUCAUACCCUUUCAUUAGAUAUGAUGCCUUAUUUUGUACAUGUAGCAGGGGUAACAUAAUGAAGACUGGUCGCUUUAAGAGUCAGACUGAAGCACUGUGGAAAAAUGUAAUAUUAUAACCAGGAAUAGAAAAAAAUAUGCUCAAGGGAGCUGAGAUCAGAGGGUCCAUAAAUGGUGUCAGUGAAUGACUGUAUAGCUUUUUGUAUGAUGCUUCUUCAAUAAGCUUUUAUUUCUCUAUGAAGUGUUUCAUAAGUAGUCUUUGUGGCAAACUGACAAGGCAGUGCCAUAUAUCAGUAAGGCUCUCCGUUUUAUGAGCAAAAUAACUCAUUACACAGAGUGGUGGUAAUUUGCUCCUUUUGUGACUUUUUUGUCACAUAGUCAAACAUUCAAAACAGUCAUAAUUAGUGACUCAAACCUCUAUAAAGUGCAUUUAGAAAGUUACAGGCAACCAGGUGCUGUAGUUAACAAAACACUCCAAAAACAUACAUUUGCAUUGUUAAUGUGGAGUAUUAGGCAUAAUAGUUAGAAAUGUCAUGUCAUGGCAACAUGUGGAAUGUUAACAAGCAUUGUAUAGUGUGUAACUUGAACCAAUAAUUGAUGAAAUCUCUCUCUGAUAAACCUGGCUUUUUUAAUAAAAAACAUAAUAUAAUGAAACUGUAUAAUUGAUAGAGAAAUGCCAUCAAUAGAGUCUCUUCAGUGGUCCUUGGCACCUUUAGCACUUUCGGUUAUAUUUACUCAAGGACUGAGUGUAAAAACUUAUUUUUUCUGGUAUUAUCUUUCUCCUUAUUGAUUUCAUGAUUUUACUGAUUUUCACACAAGUAAAGUUAAAGGAAAAUUGUGAUUCCUCAGCAUGGGAACUAAUUUUAGAUCACUGUUUAGGUCUUAUUUUUUUUAUCAUGGACAUAAGCAAAGGAAAUGAAUUAGAACGCUAAACAUGUUAACCUACACAAGGUUAUACAAUGAAAGCUUACAGCGCAUGUGGGAAACAUUAUAGCAAUCCACUUGCUUAAGGCCCUGACUAGGCCAAUUUUCCUUUUUUCUAUUAAAAGUGCCUUGUAUCAUGGAGAAGAUCUAGCCUGGCAAUCACCAGAUCAAGCUCAAUUUUUUAAGGUUGAACAUUAGUCUGGGGAGUCUGCUCUGUAUUUUCUACUGCACAAGAGGCGUGAUCAACGGGCAUAGUUCAAAUGACUGUGCCCAAUUGGAUAGUCCUUCAACCAAUCAGACCAACAAUCCAGAUGCACCAGGUGGAUAAGCCAGUUUGUGAUUGGUCCCCACAGAUUUGUAACGGAAGUAGGAUAGAAAAAUUUGGAGGUUUCCAGCCUGAGCUGCAGGGCGAAAUCAAAUCGCCGGCAGAUCGGCUGGGUUUACCCAGCCUAGAGAAGAUCCCUACCAAGACAACCAUGCUUCCGUUCACCUCUUAACCUAUAUGUGUAACAGUAUGAUUGUUCAUCAAUUCUGUAUCCAAGUCUUCCAAGUCUCUUACCUAGCUAACAUUUAGUCCCUAUAAGUUGAUUAUUGCAUGAGAGCUGUAUUCUGAUUACUGGGCAACAGGCACUGAAUGGAAAAAGUGGAAGAAUCUGAGAGUUUUUCUUUACUAGUUGUCUGUUGAAGUCUACAGUAUUGAUCGCAUACAACUAUCAGUUUUGUCAGUAUGAUUUCUAUGCCAAAUAGCAAAAUCCACACUUGUAUUUCUGUAUUUAAAAUGUUCUCACAUUUCUCACAUUAACCAUGGUAUUGUCAUCUAUUAAAUGAAAUGUGUUGUGAAAAAUAACCCUAAUUAAUAAAUCCAUUGUUUUUCUACAAA